CGGCCGUCUCCGUGCGGCGGCGGGGCCCGGCCGGGCCCGGGCGGCUCCUCCUCGGGCUCCUGUCAGGUAUUGUUAUAGGCUAUGGGGCUCCGGAGGUGGACAUGAUGCCACAGAACUUAACAGCAUAGGUAAUACUCAGAUGUGCCUGCCUGAUAGGAUGGAAGCCUGAAAGCUUCAAGAUCUGGAGAUAGUUCCAUUUGAAAGUACUGGAUCAAAUUGUCCUGUGGUAAAAGAUCUAUGAGAAAUGAGAUUCGAAUAAGCAGCACAGGCCCCAUUUCAGAGUCUCUAAUAUCUUGACUCUUCUUCUCUUUCCCUCAUGGUUUCUGCUCAUUUGUGUCAUCUGCUGCCUCCUGCUUUCUGCUCUUUGACUACUCAUAGUUCCUUGCUAAUUGUGACCAUGUGACUAAGUCCCCGCCAAUGAGGGCUUCCUGUUGGCUGAAGUACAGAUGUCCUGUCCAGAGCCCAAGCAGCCGUGUGGGACCCGAGGCAGCAGAGUGAAACGACUGUCAGGGUGACUUCACGUGGAACAGUAUGUCGGGUCGCAGCGUACGGCUGAGGUCAGUCCCCAUCCAGAGCCUCUCAGAGCUGGAGCGAGCCCGGCUGCAGGAAGUGGCUUUUUAUCAGCUGCAGCAGGACUGUGACCUGAGCUGUCAGAUCACCAUUCCCAAAGAUGGACAAAAGCGAAAGAAAUCUUUGAGAAAGAAACUGGAUUCACUAGGGAAGGAGAAAAACAAAGACAGAGAGUUCAUCCCACAGGCGUUUGGAAUGCCCUUAUCCCAAGUCAUCGCAAACGACCGGGCCUAUAAACUCAAGCAGGACUCGCAGAGGGACGAACAGAAGGUUGCAUCCGAUUUUGUGGCUUCCCUCCUCCCAUUUGGAAACAAAAGACAAAACAAAGAACUCUCAAGCAGCAACUCAUCUCUCAGCUCCACCUCGGAAACACCAAAUGAGUCAACGUCCCCCAAUACCCCGGAGCCGGCUCCUCGGGCCAGGAGGAGGGGUGCAAUGUCAGUGGAUUCUAUCACCGAUCUUGAUGACAAUCAGUCUCGACUGCUAGAAGCAUUACAACUCUCCUUGCCUGCCGAGGCUCAAAAUAAAAAAGAAAAAGCCAGAGAUAAGAAACUCAGUCUGAAUCCCAUUUACAGACAGGUCCCCAGGCUGGUGGACAGCUGCUGUCAACAUCUAGAAAAACAUGGCCUCCAGACAGUGGGGAUAUUCCGAGUUGGAAGCUCAAAAAAGAGAGUGAGACAAUUACGUGAGGAAUUUGACCGCGGGGUCGACGUCUCCCUGGAGGAAGAGCACAGCGUUCAUGAUGUGGCCGCCUUGUUGAAGGAGUUCCUGAGGGACAUGCCGGACCCCCUUCUCACCAGGGAGCUGUACACAGCUUUCAUCAAUACUCUCUUGUUGGAGCCUGAGGAACAGCUGGGCACCUUGCAGCUCCUCAUUUACCUUCUACCUCCCUGCAAUUGCGACACGCUCCACCGCCUGCUGCAGUUCCUCUCCAUCGUGGCCAGGCACGCUGAGGACAACGUCAGCAAAGACGGGCAAGAGGUCACUGGGAACAAAAUGACAUCUCUAAACUUGGCCACCAUAUUUGGACCCAACCUGCUGCACAAGCAGAAGUCGUCAGACAAGGAAUUCUCGGUCCAGAGUUCAGCCCGGGCUGAAGAGAGCACAGCCGUCAUUGCCGUGGUGCAGAAAAUGAUUGAAAAUUAUGAAGCCCUGUUCAUGGUUCCCCCGGAUCUCCAGAAUGAAGUGCUGAUCAGCCUGUUAGAGACCGACCCCGAUGUGGUGGACUAUUUACUCAGAAGAAAGGCCUCCCAAUCUUCAAGCCCUGACAUGCUGAGGUCGGAAGUUUCCUUUUCCGUGGGAGGAAGGCAUUCGUCCACAGAUUCCAACAAGGCCUCCAGCGGAGACCUCUCCCCUUAUGACAACAACUCCCCAGUGCUGUCCGAGCGCUCCCUGCUGGCUAUGCAAGAGGACGUGGCCCCGGGGGGCUCAGAGAAGCUUUACAAAGGGCCAGAGCAGUAUGUGCGGGUGGGCCACUUGCCAUCUUCGAAGUCGAGGGAGAGUUCUCCUGGACCAAGGCUUGGGAAAGAUAUGGCAGAGGAGGCUUUCAAUAUCUGGGGAACUUGGCAUUCAACAUUGAAAAGUGGAUCCAAAGACCCAGGAAUGACAGGUUCCUACGGAGACAUUUUUGAAAGCAGCUCCCUCCGACCGGGGCCGUGUUCUCUUUCUCAAGGGAACCUGUCCCCAAACUGGCCCCGGUGGCAGGGGAGCCCCAUGGAACUGGACGGCAGUGCGCAGGUCACUGGCAGGACUCAGACCGCGAGCGCCACCGCCGAGUGCAGGGCGCACGCCCCCGUGGCCCGCGUCUGCGGCACGCCCCCCAUGCAGGGCGGCGGGGGCGGGAGGCGCGCGCCAAGGCCAAGGCCGGAGCCGUGCUGGACGCUGAGCAGCGCCGAAGACCUCGCCGAGUGCGAGCCGGAGGUGGCCUGGCCGCAGAGGAGAGCCAAGCCUCUGCACCAGAGACCUGCAGAGGGUGCCAGGCACGGUGACAAGAGGCCUCCUCCUCCGUAUCCUGGUCCAGGGAAGCAGGCCCUAGCAUCGGCCCACCAGCCCGCGGAGCCGCCGCUGUGGAGGCCCCAGAGGCCAGAAGGAGGCUCCGGAACAGCUUUGGAAGAGGGAAGCCAGAGAGCCGAGCGAGAGCAUCAGGCCGCCCAGCAGAAAGCGAGCAGCGCCUACCCCGGUCCCGCCAGCGAUCAGAACAGUAAGACCUUGGGGGAACCCAACUGGCUCGACUGGCAGAGGGAGCGGUGGCAGAUCUGGGAGCUCUUAUCCACCGACAACCCCGAUGCCCUCCCGGAAACGCUGGUAUGAGAUGAGUCCUCCACGCUCCGCCCUCACGUCCCAAACAGCCUUCUUCCACUCAGUAGGGGAAAAAGUGGGUGUUGGACAAUUGGGCACUUACUUGUUUUUCUUCUUUUACACUUAAAAAAAAAAAUAACACGAGAAAAGUCAGUUCACUUAAAGAUAUAGAGCACUAGGACCCUGGCCAUUUAUGAUAAGAUUCUAUUGCAUAGCCAGCCUUCAGAAAAAACAAAAACAGAAAUGGAUGCUAGUAUCCAAUCUAAAAGCUAUUCACAUUGGCUCUGUAUAAGAUAAAACUCUCGCUUCGGUAUAGCUUAAUUGUAUUUAUGUGUCUUCAGUUUUGACUCUUGUAUAUUCUGUAACAGAUUAUGUAUGAUAAUCCUAUAUGUUAUAUUCACAGAAAACAGAAGGAACACAUUUUUUAAUCACUUAUUCUAAGUAAUGAGAUUCUAUAGAGUGUUCUAGAAUACGCACAAGCGGGUUUCUGUGCUUUGGCCAUAGCUUUUUAACUGGGGACAGCCCUUCCUUCGAUGCCUAAGGAAAACACUAACAAACAAAAUAAAACAGAAUAUGAGAAGCCAUAUUUUUCUAUAGUAGUGAGAUACAAAAAAAUAUAGUCACUGAAAGCUUUUUCAUAUUGAAUAUGUUUUAAGGAAAAUAUUAAAUUUGGUACAUUAUGGAAUAUAUUUUUAGAAUCUGUUUAGAAAGAAUUCAGAGAGAAAGGCCGUGCCUGACAAAGAAAGAAUAAUUAAGAAGUUGUCCUUCCCAUUUUAGGUCAAAUUCAAUUUUAUAUAGACCAUAUAUAAUAUAUAUUUAUAAUGUACGAUUUUUAUGUAUUUUUCAAAACUGCAAACUGGAAUCCAACUAUAAAGUGUUUAAGGAUCAAAAGAGAGUAUUCAAAUUACAGAACAUGGUUUUUCCUUUUGCCCCAUAAUCAGUAUUAACCAAAUUAUACGCAGUGCUUUGUAAAGUAACUCAUAUUUGGAAAAAAAUUAAGCCCUGUAUUUACAUUGUGCCAAAGGCUGAGGAAAUGUUUUCUUUGGUAAUUUUAUGUGUAGUGUAAAAUGUUCCUACCAUAGUUCAGUAGUAAAUUUGAAGUUUUUCAACUGCAAAACAAUUUUUGACCAGCAGGUGGCAAUUCGCUUCAGUAUUUUAUGAAAUUUUUUUUUCACUUCAUAAGGGAAUGUGUAUUAUAGAAAAAGAGGUGUUUUUUUUUUUAUAAAACAUGCUACUCUUAAUUUUCAUAUUGGCAAUGACAUUUUCAGUGGUGUUUCCUAAAGUUCUUAUUUGUGCCAUAAUGAAUAAAAAGUUAAGCAAA